CAGGGGGAGGUAAGAUUACACAGGGUCUGGUCUCCUGCCAGCUACCCUGCUGUAAACACUCCAUUACUGCGCCAAUAGAGCGAGAGAGAAAGAGAGCAUCAGAAAGCGACUGAGAGUAAGAGAGCAAGAGUGAAGGAGGGAUAAGCCCCUGAUGCAGGUCGGCGGUUGGCAAAACAUAAGAUCCGGACUCCUCUGGCGCAGCAGCCGUCUGUAGCGCUGGGAGGAGUAGCACUGAGGAAUGAAGAGCUGAGUCCGUGUGGGGAGCAGUGGGUGUCUCCGUGCUCUGGAGGGCAGUCCAGAGCCACAACCAGCUGCUCUUCAUUUGCUUUCACACCACAGCCCCGUGCAUCCGUAGGGCUCCUCGCUCUUGGGAAAUUGCCAUUGGGGCACUUGUUCAUUGGGAAGCAGCAUCUCCUUGGGGCACUUGCUCAGUGGGAAGCAGGGAUCCUCGUGCAUCUCUCAGCUGGGAGAACAGGGGAGCUGGGAGUGGUAAUAAGGAACCCGCGGCAGGCGAUGGCUACAGGGGAGAUCACCACACUACCCCCAAUGCCCGAGGAUGGGGCCAGUGCCACCUUCCCCCCGGGAAACUUCAAGGACCCCAAGAGACUGUACUGCAAAAACGGGGGAUAUUUCCUGAGGAUCUUGGCCGACGGGCAUGUGGACGGCAUUCGUGAUAAAAACGACCCCCUCAUCAGGCUGCAGUUGCAGGCCACCUCACUGGGGGAAGUGGUCAUUAAAGGAGUCUCAUCCAACCGCUAUCUUUCCAUGAACAAAGACGGGAGACUGCUUGGAGUGAGACGUGUGACGGAUGAAUGCUUCUUUCUGGAGAGGCUGGAGGCCAACAACUACAACACAUAUCGCUCACGGAAGUUUCCGGACUGGUAUGUGGCACUGAAGCGGAACGGGCAGCACAAACUGGGGCCGAAGACCAGUACAGGCCAGAAGGCUAUCCUCUUCCUCCCCAUGUCAGCCAAGAGCUGAUCCUGCUCCGGACACAUGAGGAUAGCCUAAGGAGAUAUGAAUACACUGUGUGUCUAGCCAACCGCCAACACCCCCCACCCUCCACCCCCCAUCACCUUUCUCAAUCCCACAAACUUUCUGGGAACCAUCCAGAUCGGGAAAAGUAACCAGGAACUUUGUUGGCUCUUCGAAUGCCUCGCUGGUUAUUUUCCUCUGAAUUUAGAGAACUGUGAAGAUGGAAGGAGUUACUGACAGAACUCGAACUAAGAUGUGGUAAUGUUGGUAAUGGGAAUGCCAACAGCAUCUGGGAUCUGGGUUUUAGGUUACCAUACGGUACGGCGCAGGGCUGACCAGCCACCCUGCACCCUUCUGCCUUUGUGCUCCUUCUGGAAUCUUCCUCUAAAAGCAUUUCAAACACACCAGCAUAAUGUGAACUGAAACAGCAUAAAUGGGAAAUUAAAUGAAUACACAUAUACCUAUCAGGAGGAAACACAGUUACACAUAAUGUGUGACAGCCAGCAGAAACAAAGGCCCCUCCCAUGAGCAGUGAAAGACGCACAAACGCAAGCAUUUAGUUGUUGGCUGGUUGAUCCAAAGUCUUUAUUUAAUUGCCAGCGUUUCGUUGGUUACAGUCCAAACACAGGUUAUAUGCUCAAACCCAACUCCAUGAUACUUAUACCAUCUGCACCUCUACUGAAGUCCUUCUAACUUGUGCUGUCGUAAUUUAAAAGUCCAACCAUUCACAUUAAAAGAUUAUCAUUUCCUGUAUGCAUCUCUACUCGAGAAACCAUCUCCAUGAAUGGCAUCAUGGCAUCCGGUGCUCUCACACAGCUGUAGAGGAGCACAGCACUCAUAAAUACCCCCAAGACACUGAUGUACAGCACAGUAUAUUAACAGGUCUGAGACUGCAAGCUUCCAGCAGCCAGACCCCUACAGACCAGCCCCUUUAAGCCUGCAGGGAACAGAAAGGGCUGGUGUGGGAAACGGGGAAAGGGGUUUGUGAUAUCGCCUUAAUCAGGCAAACACUCCUCACAGAGAUGAUCAUCGCCUGCUCUCCCCCCACCACCAUCCAGCCUCCACAUAGCUAACAAUAUGUUUAAUUAAUGCAUUGCCAUGGUGGUAGAGAAAGAUAUUUCUGUCACUAUUGAGUUGGGGAGUUUUGUGUGGGGAUGAGGCCACCACAGCGCAUUAGAGAGCUGAGGGGAGGGGGGCACAUCUCGACCCGUUUUAGAGUUGAGAGUGUGUCCAUACUGCUUUUUCUUCAGAUCAAUUAUCCUGUCUUAAAUUCCUAAACAGGAUUACACAGUAAAACUGUUUUUACCUGAGGAUAUACAUUGGCUCACAAGUUUAUGGAAAAAUUACAGAAGGCCAAAUAAACAAUUGGGGCUAAGUAAAAAAUGAAGAAGUGGGGCGUGAAAUCCUGAGAAAGCUCUCAUCGCACGUCCCUGAGUCAGGCCGCAGUCACGGGCAGUGCCCUGUGGUAGAGCUGGUAGAACAUUCCAGAGUAGACAGCGGGUAGCUGCUCCACAGGCAGGUCGAUGUGGUGGAAGCCGUGGUGCAAGCCGUACAGGAGGAGCCUGGCGACACGGCUGGUGAUGGGCGUGGUGGCGUCGGUGUGUGCCAGCUCCUCCAAGGGGAGCCACUCACAGCGCAGGCACUCCUGGGUGCAGAAGUCUAUGUGGAACGUCAGUGGCCGCAGGCGGCAGAUCAAGUACAUGUCGGACAUUCCGAACGCUCCGGGGUGGUUGUGCUGUUGCCUGAUGCUCAGGAGGGACUGAAAUUCCGCCUGCACCCCUGUCUCCUCCAACACCUCGCGGACUGCUGUGUCACCUGCCCAGUCCGGGACAAAGGGGAGAAAAAUUGGGGGGAUGGGAGGGUACCAUUUCGUUGUUGAUUUGAAUUUGGUCCCAAACAAAACAAAUCAAUUUCAUUUCAAUUUGAUGCUUUUAGAAACAUUUAGAAAGUCUCCCUCCUCUACCCAGGUGGGUCAGGAAGGCAAUUAUAAUAAUCAAUGGAUAAUUUUAUUUUUAUAUACAGUAGCACUCUUCACACAUAGACUGUCCCAGGACAGUGAACAAUAACAAAUAAUGAGCAAAAUCCAAAUGGCAAAGACAGGGUACGUUGGGAAUUACAUACAGACUGCACUUAAAGCUUAAAAUGAAAUUUUUUUAUCGAAUUAAUUACAUGAUAUGCUGAUUAAUUAAUCAGAUUAAUCACAAUUAAUCACAUAUAUCAAUAUUUGCUUGGAAAAGCCUCCAAAUGAAUAUAUUUCAACUCAAAAACAUUACAUUAUUGUGGCACAUGAGUAAAACAUUUAAUAUAAAUAUCAAAAGGGCAUUAGAAAUCAAUAUUGUUUUAUUUGCAAUCAUCUUUUUAUCAGUCUUUUUAUCAUUGAACACAAGCCUAUCACUUAACCUAAAAUGUGGCCAUAACAGUUUAAAAAAAAAUUAUUUAACAUAAGCUUAUCACUUAAUCACCAAUGUGGCCAUAACAGUCUUUUUCCCAGGCGCGCAGGAACUGGACGUUUUGUGGGAUGCAUGCGCAGGUGGUGCUUUGUUUAGUAGGACACAUUAAUGCGUUAAUUUGACAGCCCUAGAAAUGACUUAAUUUGGUUUUUAAAUAAAGCUGCCGCUUCAGCAUUUCUGCUCUUAGAUGGAAGUCAGAUCCCCCAUCAGGGAUCAGGGACAGGGAAGGAUCUCCAUCCAGCUGACCUGAGGUGAUACCUGGGUACUAGCAGAAAAUGCCCUGUUCCCUGCUCUCCACUUGCCGUUUCCUGCCCCCUGCCUGACUACCUAAUGCAAAUAAUGGCUCUGCCCAUAUUUAGGUGAUUCACUCAAACCAGCGAGCCACUGAUGACAUCCGAUGGCUUCACCCAUGCUUCUUUAACUGAUGCUUCAUAGGACACAGGAAGUCUCUGUGAAGGUUAAGUUUCUAAGCAGCAGAUUUCAUUUUUUUAUAUUACGCUGGCCUAUUUAAAUUGUUAUACUGAAGUGCACCAAACUUGAGAAGGUUUAUAAAAAUAAAAUAAAAAGGCUUUUGAAUAUGUGUAUUUGACAGGAGCUUGACUUUGAACUAACAAAACGUUACCACUAACAGUAUGUUAGCAUUAAACGGAUGUUAGCACAAACAAGAUGUUAGCAGUAAUGGGGCAUUAGCAGAAGACAUUAUUUACUGUAUAUUUGCAGAUGGUCCCUAACAUGGCUGGCGUGGCUCACUAUCACUUAGUAGGGAACUAUUUUUGUGUGUUUAAUUUAUUUUCAGCCCUCGGUUGCCAUUGAAGUACACUGUACAUGUUAGGUAUUCUCCAGAUUGUAACCACCCGUUUCAAGAAUGCUGCUAAACCAAGAAGUGCAACAAUGUUAAAACUGAGCUUAAUGUAGCCAUUUGAUAUAUUGUUUUCAUAGGGAAAUCACAGGAGCAAAUAUGAUACUGAUGUGCCCACCACUUUUAUGCCAGACCUUUUGAGAGACAUAACAAUAAACAGAAGAAUGCUGUAUUUAUGUUGCAAUUUUUAAAAAAUAUGUUUAUUGAGACAAAAUUGUAACAAAAUGUAUUGUAAAGCAUUGCUAAAUUCUCUAGUUUGAUCCUUAUGGGAGUGUGAAUAUAAAUUCUCUUCAAAAAUUUCCAUCAGUGUGAUUAUAGAGAAUAUGGAGGAUAAAAAUAAUCUCUUUAAACUUUCACACUAUUUUAAUACUGAGGGAAUGGUUUUUAUUUAACAGGUAUUUAUUUUACUUAUUAAUACAUAUAAGAGAAACUAUCAUCACCUCACAGUGCUUGCUUAUUUACCUAGAUUUAGCACUCACUUUUCAUAACAGGAAAUUAAAAAUUAUAUAAAUUAGUAUUUUUUUUGGCAUGGUUCAUAUUAAGAAUUUGUCUGAAAUUUUAAGACAAAAUGCUCCAUAGUAUGAGAGCAUUUUGUAAAAAGUAAUGAUUUCAUCUUAAUAUUGUACAUAAAGUGUUUUGUUUAAAAAAGAGUUGUUGAACAUUUCUCGUUUGGUUGUAUAGUUUUUCAAUCAAAUGUCCAGAGCUGCUUCCCUCAGCACUAAUCUCGUUAUCUGAACGUUAUCUUAAUGUGUGUGGAGACAUAAAAAGCUGCCCUUGUAAAACAAUAAUUUAAUAAUCGAAUUAGAAUGAUUUUUGGGUGGCCUAUAUUUUUUUGUUACGUAAUCUCUCAGAUGUGUAUGUAAUUAAUCAGGCCAGUAUAUGAAAUGCUUAAAAAAAAAGAGUCCUUGGAAUAGAAUGUUUAACUUGGGUGUGGGCACAGCAAAUUGUGAAAUACCUAAGAUGCAACAUACUGCAAAUUAAAGAAACAUCGGUGGUACAGUGUUAACUAUUCACUAUCAGUGAAGGAACGAGUGCAGAUACUUGGCUGAAUCCUGCAAAACAAUAUUUUUCACUUACCAAUAUUUUCUCCUGGGUCUGAGAGACCGCCAGGGAACUUCCAUGCAUUUUUUGUCUGAAAAAGCAACAGAAAGGAUUCUGAUUAAACAACAUUUUUUGCCUUACUUUCUGAAUGUGUUUCUGUGGUUGUGCAUAGAAGGAACUAUGCAUUACAUUCCAAUCCAUGUUUUUGCUGUGUAAAUUAUUAUUUUAAAAAAUGUGAUAAAGGAUUACACUACAUCUUUAUUCUCAAUGUCAUCUGAGCUUAAGAUCCACGUUUCGGUAUUACAGAUAUCUGGAUAUUUACAUUUCACUUUUUUCAAUACAAAAUAAAAAAAAUACGUAAAUGAAAUAAAUAAAUACCCACUCAUAAAAAUGCUGCUGGAGAGAUGAUAAUGUGUUAAUUGUUUUAAUGUCCAGUUGUACUAAUGAAUGGUGUAUUGUAUGUCCUAGCCUAUUGCUUUCCUUCAUAUUAAGAAUUGCACACUUUGUAGUACUGUCAGCCAUUGCACUGGGUAUAGAUGUGUUCCUGUCUCUUACACUUACACUUACACCUAUAUAAAGUAGUAUCAAUAAAGUGAAAAAACAUUUUCAGAAAGAUAAACAUGUUUGUUUUUAUUUACAUCCACACAUUGGACCUUUUUCAGUGAUGGCUGGAAUCAUUAACUGCAAGUAAAUAGCACAUAGACCAGCAUAAUAAAAUAAAGCAGCAAUUCACUUUUAAAUACCUAGUUAAAAUGUGGUGACAUUGUUACAAUGUGAUUGAUUUUUCCUAUCAGAGUGCACAGCGCUACACUUACAGUGCCAUGAUUUCCUCGAUUAUUGCAUAUUUGUCACGGAAUAGUAUCAUCAGACAUGAAACAUUAGACAAAAGGGAGACCAGGUAAACACAAAACACAUUUUUAAAAAUUAUUAUUUCAAGUAUUUAAUGAAAAAAGUUAUCAAACACUCAUAUCACCCAUGUGAAAAAAUAAUCCCCCCCUUAGUAACACAAUCAAUCAAUUAACCAAGUUUAAUUGAUAAUUAUAUUCAGUUGAUUAAGAAGAAAAUUCAAAAGAAAUUCCAGAACAGAUGGGGAAAAAACUUGUUGAAAUAUAUCAGUUUGGAAAGGGUGACAAAGCCGUUUCUAAGGCACUGGGACUCUACUGUACCACAGUGAGAGCCAUUAUCUCCAAAUGGAGAACACUUGGAACAGUGGUGAAUCUUCCCAGGAGUUGGCAGCCUGCCCAAAUUUCUCCAAGGGCACAGCAACAACUCAUCCAGGAAAUCACAAAGAUCUCAGAACAUCCAAAGAGCUGCAGGCCUCUCUAGCCUCAGCUAAGGUCAGUGUUCAUGACUCCACAAUAAAGAUACUGGGCAAAAAUGGGAUUCCUGGGACAGUAACAGUGUGAAAAGCCCUGCUAACCAAGAGGAACAUCAA